UUUUAAGGAAUACAGCUGUACCGUCUCUCCCAAACAAAAUACGCACACGCUGAGACGAUCACUCUUUCACUUCACUCCCUCUCUUUCAAAACCCUAACAAUGGAGGAUGUAGUUGAAGAAACCCCCAAACUGGACGCCAAGAUCGAAUUAGUGGAUCAAAACGACAAGAACAAGACUGUGACCACAUUUUCUUCGUUGGCUGAUUUCACUGAAUCAUCACUUCAAAUUUUAGAUCACAAGACUCCGUUCUUCAAAUCACGAUCUCGUCGGAGGAGGACAGAUACUUGGAUCAUUUCCAUCUUCGUUAUCUUCCACUUGAUUGCAUUCAUCGCCACGAUGAUCGUCAACGAUUGCAGUACUAACUCUCACGGCGACUGCGCUAUCAAAUCGCUUGGCAGAAUGUCCUUUCAGCCCCUCUCUGAAAAUCCCUUCCUCGGUCCCUCUGCUUCCACGUUUGAUAAGAUGGGGGCAAUUCGAAAAACUUUGCUGAUCGAACAUCGAACUUGGCAUUUAUUCUCAUGUCCAUGGUUGCAUGCUGGGCUCAUUCACCUUAUCAUCAACCUCAUAUGUGUUAUCUUCUUAGGAAUUUACCUAGAACAAGAGUUUGGACCACUAAGGGUUGGGAUAAUCUACACAGUUUCUGCCUUUUUUGGCACCUUGGUGACUGCACUUUUUGUUCGAGAUAGCCCAGUAGUUAGUUCCUCUGGUGCUCAGUUUGGCUUACUCGGUGCUACACUUUCUGCACUUAUAAGGAACUGGAAACUUUACACUAAUAAGACUGCAGCUGUGCUGAUACUUCUUGUUGUCUUUGUGUGCAAUUUCCUACUUGGGUUGCUACCAUUUGUGGACAACUUUUCAAACAUUGGAGGUCUUAUAUCAGGAUUUCUACUUGGAUUUGUUCUGCUGUUCACUCCUCAGCUCAGGCAAGCGGCACAAAAGAAAUCUGGACUUUAUGAAUACGGCUUAAAAAGUGUCCUUACGUGGAAACAGAAGCUGGACAGGCCUAUACUGAGGAGUGUUUCUCUUCUCCUUUUCACUUUGCUAUUCUUUGGAUUUCUUGCAGCAGCACUCCAGGGCAUCAAUAUAAGCAAGUAUUGCAAGCGGUGUGGGUAUUUUGACUGCAUCCCAUCCAAAAGUUGGAGUUGCAAUGACGUGACAACUUCUUGUGAGACAAUGUCAAGUGAUACAGAGCUGACUCUGACUUGCAUGGAAAAUGGCAACUUCAAGGUUUUAACCUUCAGAAACAUUUCGCAAGCUAGGAUAAGGGACUUGUGCACUCUUAUUUGCUCCUGAAACUUGUAAUCUGGUAAUAACUUUCGAGACCUGUAGACAUUUUUUGACUCCCAUAUAGAUUUUGUAGAAAGAAAUAUAGCAAUUGUACAGCAUAUGUUGUUACAACUUACAAGCUUGUGGACUUAGCUAAAAAUCUAUUGCCAUUAAAUAUAUAUAUUAGCACUUUUUUUUUUUG